CCAGCGCCACUCCCAGGAGCCUCACAGGCGCGCCGCUAUAAAAGCUUGCCACAAAAUGAUGGCGGCAUCAGUACCUGUCCAAACAGCAACCAUGAAGUUUGUGAUCCUCGCCGCCCUGGCCGCCGUGGCCCUCGCCAAGCCUGUGUACGAUGACUCCCACUCCUUCGAGAGCUUGGAGCACAUCCCCAUCCUGAAGGACGAGCGUGUCCACGAGGAUGACGGCAGGUUCAGCAUGGACAUGGAGACUGGCAACGGCAUCUCCUUCUCCAAGUCUGGCUCUCCUGACGGGCCCGAGGGCACCGUUGUCAUGUCCGGAGUCUACUCCUACACCGCCCCUGACGGCACCCCCGUUGAGGUCAAGUUCGUCGCCGACGAGGGCGGCUACCAGCCCGACUCUGCCCUUCUGCCCGUGGCCCCCGCCUUCCCCCACCCGAUCCCCCAGUUCGUGCUGGACCAGAUCGCUAAGGCCGCCCGUGAGGACGCCGAGCGCUCCUCCGAAGAGGCAUACUCCUAUGCCUAAAUCCUUCUGACCCCUUCCUGUACAGCGACACCUCUUUUUAUAUAUGUACAAUCUAUUUUUAUGUAUUUAUUUAUUCAAUAAAUAUAUUUAUCAUCAAAUAA